AUGUGUUUCGUUUGUGUGAGUGCGCAGUGUGGCAGGACAGAGCAGGUGGCACAAGCAGUUCCCGUUCCGAUAUUUGAUCCGCCACCGCCUCGCGAAAUCAACCAAAUCGUCAAUGUUCCCGUCCAUGAUCCCAGCCUUGUCAUCAAGUUUAAGACUGCCGGGCCACCUCGCGUCGUGAAGCACUACGUUACGAAGACGCACUAUGUGCCCGAGCCCGUGCCGUCGCUGCCGACAUACCACUACAAGCCUGUUGCAGUCCCUGUGCAUGUACCAGGGAAGGCCGUCCACGUGCCAAUUCCCAUGCCGGCCAAGACCAUCUACAAGGAACUUCCAAUCACCAAGGUGCAGCAUGUGAUUCAGAAGCGCUCCUAUGACUGCGUUGCUGGCUUGAACUGGAAGGGCUGCCCGGGAACAUGGCAAGGGGAUGGGUUGACGAAGACGAUCGUCACAGGGGUGACCCAACACAUUGGCCUUGGCCACGUGAACGUCAUCCAUCGUGGAAUCAAUCACAUCGUCACCGCUCCUGUCUGCGCGGCUUGUUUGCACAGGUCAAUGCACUGA